AUUAAAAUAUAUUUAUCAUUUGUCAGAUGAUGAGAUAGAUGGUAUGGAGUAGCCUUAGCUUUUCUUCUUCCUUCUCAAUGGCGAUGAUUUAUAGCCUCUUCUUUAAUUCUCUUCAGAUAAAACAGUUUUUGGUCGCUGAUCGGAGUGCUUCCCGCCGGCAAACCAGAACCGGUUGAUUUUUUUUUUAAUUUCGUAAUAAGAGAGAAGUGACGGAUAAUAAGAAGAAGAGGGGGGAAAAUGAACGUGAGUAGCAGUGCGGCGGCGACUGAGUAUAUAAAGAGGCAUCACAGGCAUGAGGCUGGAGAGAAUCAGUGUAGUUCAGCUCUCGUUAAGCUCAUCAAAGCUCCUCUCCCUCUGGUAUGGUCUUUGGUGAGAAGAUUUGAUGAACCUCAGAAGUAUAAACCCUUUGUCAGCCGGUGUGUGGCGCCAGGAAACCUUGAAAUUGGGAGUCUUAGAGAAGUGGAUGUCAAGUCGGGACUCCCGGCGACUACGAGUACUGAAAGACUGGAACUCCUAGAUGAUAAUGAGCAUAUCCUAAGCAUAAGGAUUAUCGGUGGGGAUCAUCGACUUCAGAACUACUCUUCCAUCAUAUCAGUCCAUCCGGAGAUAAUAGAUGGAAGACCUGGGACACUAGUGAUCGAAUCCUUCGUGGUGGAUGUACCGGAGGGUAAUACCAAAGAUGAAACAUGUUUCUUUGUUGAAGCAUUGAUCAAAUGCAAUCUCAAAUCACUUGCAGAUGUGUCGGAGGGGCUGGCAAUGCAGGACCAGACUGAACGGAUCGAUAUUCGAAAGUUGGGGGCUGAAAGAUAAAGGGAUCUAUAGAUGGAGUGCCAAUUGUGGGUCUUCCAUCUUCUAUUUACAACACUAAUCAUUGCAUUCCUUAUGUUUCCCAUUCUGUUAUCUGCUAGAGUUUCAUUUGCUUCAAGGAAUAUAUUUAGUUUUUCAUUUUUGUUGAAAUAUUUUGACGCUCGUAUUUGAUAUAUUUUCAACUAUGAUUUUAAGCUUUUGAUUUCACAAA